UAUGUAUGAUAACUGUUUAUAGAUUUAAAAAUUCUACAUCAAUAUUUAUUAGCGCAUUUUUUCUUUUGUUUAAUUUUUGCAAUGAGUUUGCCGCCGAAAGCGGUACCGAAAUCAGCUGCCGCUGUAGUAACUGGACCUGGAACCGGCCCGUCUCCGUCGGGCCAACUGCGGGCUACACUGACCCACGGGUCGCUGCCGCCGGGAGCCCCGGUCGCUCCGCAGCCGCCACCGCCGAUCCCGCGAGUCCAGCCCUCUCUGGAAGACCGCAUCUUCCCUGCGCAGCCCGGUGUCGCUGCCAUCUACAGCGUACCCAGACACCCUGGCCCUCCCUACACGACACACGACAUCGCCAAGGGACACCCCAACCUGGCAGGCACGCCCCCUGGCCAUGCCUCCUCCCCAGGCCUGUCACAGUCUCCCUACGCCGCCGGGCAGAACGCUGGCUCCGCCCCGCUGGUGUACUCACCCCAGGGACAGCCAAUGAACGCGCAGCCACAGACUCGCGCGUUUGCUACGGGUCCUCGUCCCACGCAUCACCAGGGAGGAUUCAGGCCCAUUCAGUUUUUCCAGAGGGCUCAGAUGCCUCCGGCGCGGGCUGCCAUUCCCAGCAGCAGUCCCUCCAUCCGGCCGGGCUCUCAGGCGCCGAGCGGUGCGCCAGUGUACAACCCAAACCAGGCCAUCCGGUCGGGAGCACAGACCCCCAGCGCCGCCGCCGUGUACCCCCCAAACCAGCCCAUCAUGAUGACCAUGACCCCCCUGCCCUUCCCCUCCCCCCAGGCUGCACAGUACUACAUCCCUCAGUACCGGCACAGUGCCCCCUACGUGGGUCCCCCGCAACAGUACUCGGUGCAGCCUCCGGGGCCCGGAACCUUCUACCCCGGGCCCGGCCCAGGAGACUUCCCCACGCCAUACGCGACGCCCCCUUACUACCCUGGGCAGACGGUGUACCCCCCCUCCCCCCCCAUCAUAGUGCCUACCCCACAGCAGCCUCCGCCCGCCAAGAGAGAGAAGAAGCCAAUCCGGAUUCGGGACCCCAAUCAGGGCGGGAAGGACAUCACCGAGGAGAUCAUGUCCUGGGGCGGCAGCGGGAGCCGAAAUCCCACCCCGCCCUCAGGAAGACCCUCCUCCACCCCCACCCCACCGCAGCCGAGCAGCCAGACCCCAGAUCUCAGCCACACCCCGGAUCACGGCCGCACCUCCUACAGCGUGGAGACGCCCCCGCUGCCUGUCCCUGUGGCCCCUGACUCCACGCCGGCCGCAGAUGACAGGCCCAAACUGGAGGCUGCUGUGCUGAAGGCUCCGCCCGCUGGACUGCAGCUCCCAGAGGCCCCCAGCGACCCUGCCCCGGGCCUCCCGGCAGCCCCGCCUCCCCUGGUCAGGCCUGACACACCCGAGCUCGCGGGAGAGGGUGAGCCGGCCGAAACGCUCGCCCCCUCCCAGGAGCCCGAGGCAGCCUGGCCCCUGCCCCAGCCCCUGCCUCAGCCUGAGGGGUGGGACCUGGAGAAGCCUCUCCCAGACCCCGCCCCCACAGCCCCUGCAGGCCCCGCCCUCAGGGCUGUGAACGGAGUGGCGGACAGGGACACCGAUUCCCCGGGCUGCGACGUGGGACCCACCGAGUCCCCCUGCAGGGAACCAGCCCCGCCCCAGCCCCAGCUUCCCGCCCCCUGUCCCAGCACGCACCCCCAGGAGCCGGGCUCCGCCCCGGGGCAGGAUAAUGGCCCCGCCCCUCCCGCAGGAGCCUCUGUGGCUCCGGUCCCCCUGGCCACCCCCUCUCUGGUUAACGCUCCUGCUGCAUCUCUGCCGCCCCCUCCUGGGCUGCUGCUGCCAGUGCAGCCUGCGGCCGAGGCUGGAGAUGCCAGGAGUCAGUCCCUGGGAGCAGAGUCUGCAGAGCGCCCCCUCCUGGCGGGAGAAGAUACAGAAAUCACAGCCAGUGAGGAGCAUCCCCAGCCACUAGCCAACUCCAGAAAGAGUCCCAUUACAGCUCACCCCACAUCUGCUUCACCAAAGACCUGGAAGAAACCAAAUGAAGACAGUGGGGGGGGGGACGUGCUGGAGACAGAGACGGAGGUGGGUCCCGGGGAGAUGGAGGCUGGAGAUGCAGCCUUGGAGGCGGAGCCAGAGCACAGAAGCCCACCCCCCGAGGAGGCAGAGGAGCCCCUCAUCCCGGAGGAGAACGGGGAGGCGGAGCUAGAGGCGGAGAUCAUGCGGAACGGGGCAGGGAAUGCCUCCGAGACGGAGAGCAGUGACAGCGGCUUGACUGCAGGAGAGAGGGACAGCUCCACCAGGGCGGCGCCAUACCUCCCUCAGGAAGGCCUUUGUCCCGCAGAGCCCACGCAGACGCACAGGAAGAGGCAGUACGACCGGGACUUCCUGCUGGGAUUCCAGUUCACGCCGGCCUGUGUGCAGAAGCCUGAGGGCCUGCCGGCCAUCAGCGACGUGGUACUGGACAAGAUAAACCAAAACAAGCUGCCAUCGCGAGCCGUGGACUCGCGGGUGAUCUCCAGAGGGCCGGACUUCACUCCCGCCUUCGCCGACUUCAGCAGACAGAUACCGGGAGGACGAGGAGCAGCACUGAUGUCCGUGGGUGUGAGAAGGCCGCAGCCGCGUAAGAUCAUCAUGAACGUGUCUGUGAACGACGAGGUGCAGCUGAAGAGGGCGGAGAACGCCUGGAAACCGGGCAUCAAGAGGGAGACAGGCGGAGAUGACCCCCAGGCCGAGAAGACUCAGGAGCUGUUCCGAAAGGUGCGCAGCAUCCUGAACAAGCUGACGCCGCAGAUGUUCCAGCAGCUGAUGAAGCAGGUGACAGACCUGACCAUCGACACCGAGGAACGGCUCAAGGGGGUCAUUGACCUUGUGUUUGAGAAGGCCAUUGAUGAGCCCAGCUUCUCCGUCGCCUACGGCAACAUGUGCCGAUGCCUUGCCACGCUCAAGGUGCCGAUGGCAGAGAAGCCGAACACCACGGUGAACUUCCGGAAGCUUCUGCUGAACCGCUGCCAGAAGGAGUUUGAGAAGGACAAAGUGGACGACGUGGUGUUCGAGAGGAAGCAGCAGGAGCUGGACUCUGCCGCCUCGGCGAGUGAGAGGGAGCGGCUGCAGGAGGAGCUGGAGGAGGCCAAGGACAAGGCUCGCCGGCGCUCCAUCGGCAACAUCAAGUUCAUCGGCGAGCUGUUCAAGCUGAAGAUGCUGACGGAGGCCAUCAUGCACGACUGUGUGGUCAAGCUGCUGAAGAACCACGACGAGGAGUCGCUGGAGUGCCUGUGCCGCCUGCUCACCACCAUCGGCAAGGACCUGGACUUUGAGAAGGCCAAGCCACGCAUGGAUCAGUACUUCAACCAGAUGGAGAAGAUCGUGAAGGAGAGGAAGACCUCGUCACGCAUCCGCUUCAUGCUGCAGGACGUCAUCGACCUCCGACUGCAUAACUGGGUGUCCCGGCGGGCGGACCAGGGUCCCAAAACCAUCGAGCAGAUCCACAAAGAGGCCAAGAUCGAGGAGCAGGAGGAGCAAAGGAAGGUGCAUCAGCAGUUGCUGUCCAAGGACAAGAGAAGGCCAGAGCAAAGGGCGCAGCGGGAGGAGACGUGGAGCACCGUCCCCAUGACGAAGAACAGCAGGACGAUCGACCCCACCAAGAUCCCCCGAAUCUCCAAGCCCACCAUCGACGACAAGAUCCAGCUGGGCCCCCGAGCGCAGCUCAACUGGGUGAAAGGAAGCAGCGGCGGAGCCAAGGCCAGCGAUGCAGAUCUGUCCCGCAGCGGGGGCAGCAGUCUGAACCGUUACUCCGCCCUGCAGUCCUCCUCCCCCCACACCUCCACCCCCCCGCCGGUGACCCCCGACUUCGACUCCCGGAGGACCUCUCUGAGCAGUCGCGGUAGCACAGGGAGAGAGCGGAAUGACAAGCCGCCGAGCUCCGCCCCUUCUCGGCCCUCCCCCUCUGCCCGGGGCGGGACCAAGGAGCUGCAGGAGACCCCGAGCAGCGAGGAGCAAAGGGACACGCCCGACACUCCCGGCUCCGCCCCCGACCCGGAGCCAGAGCGCUGCAGAGCCAGGGACCCGGUGAAAGUGGAGUCUCCAGACAGGCCUUGCCUCUCAGAGGAAGAGAUGGAGAGGAAGUCUAAAUCCAUCAUUGAUGAGUUCCUGCACAUUAAUGACUUCAAGGAGGCCUUGCAGUGUGUGGAGGAGCUGGAUCAGGCGUCUCAGCUGCACAUGUUUGUGCGGGUGGGCGUGGAGUCCACCCUGGAGCGCAGCCACAGCACGCGAGACCACAUCGGCCAGCUCUUCUUCCAGAUGCUGCACUCCGGGAUGCUGUCCAAGGCCCAGUUCUUCAGAGGGUUUGUGGAGACAUUGGAGCUGGCAGACGACAUGGCCAUCGAUAUCCCGCAUAUAUGGCUGUACCUGGCUGAGUUGGUCACCCCAGUGCUGCGGGAGGGGGGCGUCUCUGUCAGAGAGUUAUUUAGUGAAUUUAGCAAACCUUUGCUUCCUGUGGGAAGAGCAGGGAUAUUAUUUUCUGAAAUUCUGCACCUACUAUGCAAACAAAUGAGCCAUAGGAAAGUGGGGGCCUUAUGGAGGGAGUCGGGCCUGAGCUGGGAGGACUUCCUUGCCGAGGGGGAGGAUGUCAGCUGCUUCAUCUCUGAACAGAAGCUGGAGUUCACGGUGUCGGACUGCUCCAGCCCGACCGCAGGGCACUCGAAGAGGACGCUCUCUCCCGAGGAGCUGUCCCAGAAGCUGGAGAAGCUGCUGCUGGAGGAAGUGGCCACUGACGAGCAGAUCUUUGACUGGGUGGAGGCGAAUUUGGAUGAAUCUCAGAUGAGUUCUCCGCCGUUCCUCAGAGCUUUAAUGACCACGGUGUGCAAAGCCGCGGUGAAAGAAGACAGUGCUUCCUACAGAGUAGACACUGCCAUUAUCCAGAGGAGGUUGCCAGUUUUACUCAAGUACCUUAACUCAGACACUGAGCGACAGCUGCAAGCACUUUAUGCACUUCAAGCGCUGAUCGUUUCCCUCGAUCAGCCUCCCAACCUGCUGCGGAUGUUCUUCGACUGCCUCUACGACGAGGACGUGAUUUCGGAGGACGCCUUCUACAGGUGGGAGUCCAGCAAGGACCCCGCGGAGCAGCAGGGCAAGGGCGUGGCCCUCAAGUCCGUCACCGCCUUCUUCACCUGGCUGAGGGAGGCGGAGGAGGAGUCAGAGGAUAACUGACAGCAGCGAGAGGACCGUCUGCGCAGACGAGUGCAACUGCGCAAAGAACAGGACCGUCUGCGCAGACGAGUGCAACUGCGCAAAGGACAGGACCGUCUGCGCAGACGAGUGCAGAGGAAGGCUGUCUGUGGCUGCAGCUUCAGAUCAAACAAACCCUACACACAUACACACACAUGCACACACACGUCUGCAGGAGACGGGGAGGGAUGUGCGAGUGCCAUUUCACGGUGGUACAGACGCUUCUGGGAUGUGCCGCCAUUCGGCAGGAGCACUAAAUACAUGUAUUAUUUAUAGAAAAUAUUUUUGUUUUAAAUUUUAACUUUUUUUUCUUUUGUUACUUUUUAAAAAAAAAAAAGACUGAAGAAAUGCAAUUUCUGUGCAACAAAGAUCCAUAGGUUCUGAACUCUUGUAAUUUAUUUUUUGACUGCAAAUACAGAAGUUUAUUUAACACUGACGCUCGUGAGGAGGAGCACAUGGACGAAGUUCAUAAUAGAAAUAUUAAUAUUAUUGACAAUAACUGCGAAGCCUAGCCUCCCUGGAUUCCCAGCUGAUUGGUUGCAAACGGGGUUAAACAAUAAUAAACUUUGCAGAUGAAGGGAAAGGGAGGGGCAGGGCCGUUGAGCGGAUCGGUGUUUGUAACACGUCAGAAGCGGAGGGUUAUUAUUAAAUAACCGCAGAAGAACUGCUUCCUCUGCAGCAGCCUGCCGCCCGGGACACACCCGCCGCCCGGGACACGCCCGCCGCCCGGGACACGCCCGCCGCCCGGGAGGCAGUGCAGCCCACAGAGGAGCUGAAAGCGAGGAGCGGGGAGUCCCGACCCGACCUGC